CAUAUCAAUGUCAUUUCGUACCUCAAUCGACCGAGAUUGUACUUAAGUUUAGUAGCAAAUGUAUGAACUCAUUCUAAACACUAAUCAAUAUGUAAGCCGGCCCUAAGGCAAGUGUACACGCUUGUAGAGGCCUUAUAGUAAAAAAAUAAAUUAUGGAUUAUCUCCGAAAUGGACUUAAUUAGAACAUCGGUGUCUUUGAGAAAGUUACUUGAUUUAAGCUCAGGAAUGCACCCUUGAAAUUAACGGAAAUAAAAAAAAACACGGUGUAUUUAAAGCUCUUAGCACCAUGUUAUUUCAAGCUCUGCUCGCGAGGUCUACAGCUCACAGAGCCACUAGUAAUAAUUGUAAUUUAAAAGGGACCUUGACCCGCGCUGUGAGUCAUUCUUGGCUGUCCAUCGAAAUUGAACGCAGCAAGUGUGAUAGGUACCUUUUCACUGGCGGUUUAUUUAGUAGUUUCAUAUUGUGUUGAAUUUUAGAUUUAUUAAGGGAUCUUAGAUAUAAUUUAGUUUUAUUUAUAUAUAUACAUUUAGUUAAAUGUUUUUAACGCUUAUCUAUGUAUUUAAAUUUCAGACCGAAAAAUGGAGCUACAAAAAAAAACUGUGUUCAGUCAUAUUUGACGAAAUGUCUUUAGAGGCUGGCUUGUCUUAUGACAAAAACAAAGAUAAAAUUAAUGGGUUAGUAGAGCUUGGCGAGAGAAAAAAUGAUUUCGCUGAUCAUGCCCUCGUGUUUAUGUUGAGAGGAGCUGUCCACAAGUGGCAGCAGCCAAUAGCCUUUUAUUUUUGCCAAGGCGCUACUAAAGGCACAGAAUUAAAAAGUAUACUCGUGGAUAUUAUCACAGCGGUUGUAGGAUGCGGGUUAAAGCCGAUAUCCCUUAUUUGCGACCAAGGGUCAGCUUUCCAAGCGGCUCUAAAUUGCCUGAAGGCUGACACAGCGCGUGACCAAUUACUGACAAAUCAGGAACCAGAUGGCACAGUAACAAUAAACGAAGUCAAACUGAUGGUUAUAUUCGACCCUCCUCAUCUUAUUAAAGGAUUGAGAAAUAAUUUUUUGAAUAAAGACAUUUCCUUUGAAGGAAAAUUAUCCACAUGGAGAGACAUCGUGGAUGUAUACGAAACGGACUGCAAUAAUAUGGAAACAAGAAUGCUGCAUAAGUUAAAUGACCAGCAUGUGAUACCUGAAAAAAUUAAAAAGAUGAAGGUCAAGAACUGUGUAAAAGUAUUUAGUUACACACUGUCUUCGGCUCUAUCUUACACAGCCAACUUCUCUCACUAUGCGGACGGCAGACCUGUGAGUGAAACAUUAAGAAACACUGCUGAAACAGUUUUGUUCUUUGAUAAAUUGUUUGAUAGCAUCAACGGAUCAGCAACCUAUUCACAAAAGAAAGGAAAAGAGCUACGCUGUGCAGUGACAGAAAAAUCUAAGCACCAUGAAUUUUGGCCGGAGAGCAUCGAGAAACUGGAAAAAAUUAAAUAUGUAGAUUCCAAGGGAAAUCCGAAAUCCGUGCCUUCCUUAAAAAACUUUAUUGCCACGGUAAAAACAUUCAUGAAGCUGUGGCAGUUUUUUAAGAGCAAAAAUAUGACAAUAAUGCGCCCAAGGUUCUUCAAUUCAGAUCCAAUUGAAAACUUCUUUGGCCAAGUCAGGGCCUAUAAUUAUAGGAACAACGACCCCAACUGCCACAGUUUCAAGAACACCUUUAAAUCAUUAUUGAUUACUAGAAUGAUAAAGUUUCAUGGUGACGCUUAUAAUUGUGAGGAUGACUCGGCAGACCAAAUAAUUAAUUUAAAAUCAUUAUUUGAAGAUAGUGAAACUGCUAGGGUCGAGCCGGGUCAUCCCAAAGUAGGAGAUGUAGAAGAUACUGUAGAAGAGGCCCAACGGGAGCAACUAAAUGUUCUCCAUUCGCGAGCGUACACUGCUGGAUGGGUGGUAACAAAAACAAUGCAGAAAUAUAAUAAUCAAUGUGACAGUUGCAGAAAAAGCCUUACUACUAAAGAAGGCGCAAUCCACAAAUGGAUUCAUCAAAGAGAGUAUGAUGCCGCCACGAAACGCCUUACUUACCCAUCCAGAGGUGCUGUUCGGUGUUUCGGUACAAUUAUUAAAGAAACAAACGGAUUCUUGGAACACCGAGCCCAUGAAUUAAAUCUGACGGCCAAAAUUAUGGAAAAAAUUUUGUUCAACAAUCCAUUUAGUUUCUUUAAAUGUACCACACACCGUGAAAUUUUGUCAUAUUUUAUUUCCGUGACAGUAAAGUUCUCGAUUACAAAUUGGUGCAAUAACAUUAAUAAAAUAUUAAAAGGAACGGAUAUUGUGCGGAUAAAAAACCGCACUUUGCCUGCGAUGCAGCAGAAAGCUUUUUUAAAAUAUAAGAAAAGACUGAGGAAUAAAUCGUUUAAUAAAUAAAAUUGUGUUUUAUUUAAAUUAUUGCGACAAGUGUAGUUCCCGGCAUUUAAAUUGAACACUGACUCAAU